AGGGAUGCUGCUCCGGGAGCUGCUGGGGCUGCUCCGCUGCUGCUGGCCCUCCCUGCUGCUGCACUGUGCCCUCCACCCGCUCUGGGGCUCCGUCCAGAUCACUCAGGGUGAGCCUCAGAAGUCAUGCUCCAAGCCUGUAGCAGACGAAGUCACAGAGAGCUGCCAGGAAAUCUGCCAGUGCAGGCCACCUCCGCCGUUACCACCGCCUCCUCCACCUCCACCACCCCCGAGGUUGCAGGUGGUGCCAACUCCCAAGUCUACCUUUUGUCCCACUGAAGAGACCUGGUGGCCAGGCCUGGUUAUUAUCAUUGCAGUAUGCUGUGCCACACUAGUGUUCCUCUUCAUAGUUGUCAUCAUUUGCUACAAAGCCAUAAAAAGGAAACCGAUGAGAAAAGAAGAGAAUGGAACCAGUCGGGCUGAAUAUGCAAUGACCUCCUCCCAGAACAACAAAACAGUUGAUAACAAUGCGGUCGUAUAAUCCCCAAAACCCCACCGAGGCACAGGAGGUGGUAAACAUUCAAAGCACACACACAGAGCAAGGUGGGUGAAAUAAGACAAUGAAAGGAGCUCUGUGGCCAAGGACUCCAUUUCAGAAAUAGUACACACAUCAGUGAUUCAGAAGAGAAAAGCAGGCUGCUCUUCAAGCUUGCUGCUUCUCGAAGGGAGGAUAAACUCGCCCAUGGGGCUGCCUGGAGAAAAGGCCUCUCAAAGGCAUAAGCAUUGCAUGCUGCAUCUCGUGAAAGCAAUGUCGCAACACCUCCUGCUUCUUCCUCUCUGCCCCCCCACUACUCAGUUUGAAUUGAGUGUCCACAAAAAGCUGCUGAAAUAGCAUCUUGUGAGGAGAAGGUGAUCUGCGAGAGUGGCAGCAGCUUAUAAAUGGGUCUGAGGGUCAAGGGUAGGAGGUGUCACCUACGUGAUUCUCCAGCCUGUGCAGUUUCCUACACUUCUUUCUUAUCAUUCUUAUUAUUUAAUUAUUAAAAAAGGAACAAAGUUUCCUGUUAAGUCAUCAAGCAACCAAAAAUUGCAUGAACUUGUGAUUUAUCCCAGGAAAUUAACCUGGUGACUAUGCAGUUUCCAUGGUUGAAGACUUAUCAGGCAAAAGAAAGAAAAAAUGUAGCAAUUAGCAUUGCUAUCAGAGAAGACCUUUAAGAUCACCAAGGCCACCUGCUAGCCUAGCACACUGCCAAGUCCACCACUAAACCAUAUCCCUAAAUACCACAUCUACAUGUCUUUUAAAUACCUCCAGAGAUGGUGGCUGCACCACUUCUCUGGGGGAAGCUAUUACUUCAUAAUCAGCCUCCUUUUUUGCAUCACACUUUGUUUUUUAUCUUUAAAAAACUUUUUUUUGUGAAAUUCUCCACAUUUCUCUGUGUUUGCAUCACACUGAUUCCCCAAGGAAAACCCUACAGAAUGAUGUUGGUUCCAUCUUGGUGUGAGUACUGGCAGGACUGUGUUGAUAGCAGCCCUUUGAAGUCCUCUUCAUUCACUGAUUAGUGUUGUUUCCUGAAAGUGUCCCAUCUCCUGAACUGACCCACCGAGGACAUUGUAGGUCUGGCUUGGAGGACCACUUUUGAGGGUCUGGUAAGCUGGUUGUACCCAUGUUAACUCAGUCACUGCAUCUCCUGGGCAGAGGCUGCUGAUCGUGCCAAAUUCAGCAUAAAAUAGCUUAGUGUUGUGCUUUCCAUGAUGUGGAUUGCAGACUACUGAAGGCAAAGCUGAAUCCACCCAAAUUCAUUUCAUGAAGGAUCUCAGGUUAGACUCAGAUGAGACUAGCUGAGACGCUGGUCUUUCCCCACCUCCUGAAAGCUUUCCUUCGUGUCACACCUCCAUGUGUAUGUCUCCAUUUACCUCUGUGCUGAAAGUAGUGAUGCAGUGAAAGACAAACUUCCACCCUGGCUUCUUGUCUGGAUGUCCAACUUCAGUACCACUGGAUCUCUGUGUCUAUGAGUGACUCGCAGGCACCGACCCAGCCUGGCUGCAGGACGUGGCUGUGCCCCAGUGGUCACGUCCCUCGGUACUGCAACACACCGAUGCUUUCAGUUUUAUAUAAGGAUGUGCCUGAACUGCAGAAAUCAGACCUUCAUUUUGAACGCGUUCCCGUCUGCCGUUGGUCUAUCGCCGGGAUGUGAAGUUUGGCCGGAUGGUUGAGAAAGACGAUGUUCUGCAGACCUUCCCCAAAAAACCCCUGGGAUGUUCAAAUCAGUAGUUUUCAGCUCAGGCCCAUCUCUAGUUUUCUAUUACCUGUUGAACAAUAGGUUAUAUGUAAAUAUAAGUAUCUUUUCGAUGAUAAAAUGAAAUGCUGCUAUAUACUGCUGUUGAGGAAUUCAUGGAGUUAUUAAUUUAGCUUUUUAGCCUGUCAUCACUAUGUAGAAGUUUAGCUACAUAAAAUUAUUUUUUAAAGGCUAGACUUUCUUAAGAAGUGAGUGCAAUUACAAAAGUGAAUGGGAAUAAGUAACCCUUUGCCCAGGAGUACUAUCAUUCCCUCCUGUACUCAUGUUGUGUGCUUGCACAAGACAGUGAUAUGUUCUUAGAUCCAAAGUGGGAUUAAAAUGACAGAAUUUACACUUUGAGUCUAGUAUCCCAAAUGUUGAUUGCCUAAAGCACUUAGCCCCCAAAUACUAUAAUAAAAAUACUGCAAGUAUAUUUCUAGAGUAUUUUUUAAUCUAUAACGUUUAUUUUGGUGUAGUUACCUAUGUUUGCCUUUCUUUUUUUAUUCCAGUUGGUUUUGCAUAAACAUGGCAUAGUUUGAGAAUGGUUGCAUGUUUAGCUGAGAGUAUAAAGUAUGAAUGCAGAUGAGUUUAGCAUGAUAUGGGCUCAGGAUUAGCACUUUCUCCUAAAGAUUAUUGAUUUAAUUUAUUGCCUAAUACAGCUUUAAAGGCAUGUUCUGUAAGGCCAAAAUCACAAGAGGGAUUUGUAGCUCAUUAUGUCCAUCCAAAUGUGUCUGUUUUUGCAAGAAAAAGUCUAAAGAGCUGGUCACUGUACACUGUCUGAUUUUCAGUGUUGCCAAUGGUAAAAUGUCCUUGCUGAGAGAAGACCACAGUGCAUGUCAUAACCUGCAAGUAAACCCAGGCCCCCUGAAGUCUCUUCAGUGGAACAUCAACAUUUGAAACUUCAUGGAGAGUAGGGAGGCAGGACAUUUCAAGGAGCAGCAUGCAGGGAUUGGGAUCUAUUUUCAAGUCACUGAUCUGCUGUUUACGAGCAAAUAAUUUUGCCUUUCUGUGCCUCAAUUUACCCAGCUGUAUAAUCAAGAUAAAAAUACCAGCUCUGUGGCAGUAUUUUCAGAGAUAUAUCCUAUUUGGCUAGGCAGACUUACACUAUCGUUAUAUCCAAAUACUGGUACUAAAUAAAUGUUUUGGGUAUAUAAUUUCUUAAACAUUUCCCAGUGUGCUUUUUUUUAAUCCAUUGGCCACAGAAGAGCAUCAGCAGACAGGCUGAGAGCUGUUCCUUUGCUUGUCCAGGGCCUUUUCUCCCUUUUCUCUCAGCACUUGCACAGCUCCACGGCAGGGACAGAUGGGAAACCCAGUACAGGGGAUACUUUUACCUUUAGAUUCCUGCCUAUGUACAGUUGACUACACAGCACCAAAAUUUCAGGUGAUCUUCAGAAAGAUGUUUGCAAAAAUAGACUGGAAGCAGAUGCAAGUCUUCAGAAAAGAGGGGCGAGAAAGGCAAUGUCACUGACAAAUGAUUUCUGAAAUUUGCUGAUGUGGUUUAAGGUUGUGUUUAACUACUUGCAAAGCUUUAAUGAAAGAGGUUUCUGUAUUUCCUUACUGUACUCUGAUUAGGUGCAAAGGGAAAGGCAUAGGCUUGAUGGAUGAGGGCUUCACUAAGCAGUGGCUUUGGUUCUGGGGAACUGGAAAUCCAAAAUACAUCUUUACAAGCAUUUUUAGUUUAUAUUUAGCCACCAAAAUAUCAGGCAUAGAAAGGUCCUGUGUAGCUUCAUUCACAAAACAGCCAGAUCCCCAGCAGUUAAAAAGGUGGGUGAUUUCUACACAGAAGUUAACUGCUCUGAACCCUCUGUCCACCAGAGAGACCCAGAAAACUGCUGUGUUCAGUCUGAGAGAGACCAUCAAUUCAAAAUUUCUUCUCAAGGAUCACCACUAGAAGAUGCAAGCAGGGAAUGCACUUUAGGGGCCUGAGCUGCAAAGUGUUGAGUUUCCUCAGUCCUCAGCAGCACCAAGAAGGUGGAGCUGAAGCUCUAGCCCUGCUGCCCUUCCUGACUCAGACUGAACACAGCCAUGUGACCAGGAAAGCAUCUCUACCUUGAAUAGAUGCUGCAAAAACAGACUUGGAGGGAAAGAGGAGAGUUCUAUCAAGUAUAAGAUAUAAAUAUAUUGAUAUAUAUAUCUAUACAGGGACCUAAUUGUCCAGUCUUGCAUGCCACAUGGUCACAGCAUGUGAAGCAAGUGUGGGCCUCCUGCUCCAACCAGGUCAUGACCAUAGAUGCUGCCAAGCAAUGGAGAAUCAGACCUAUGGUAGAUAUCUAUUUACAAUACUCCCUGCACCUGUACAAACAAAACUAUAUUAUUUUAAACAGCAAAAUAGUGUGUUUAAAUCAAUGCAUGAAUGUAAAUAUUCAAAGAUUUGCCUUCUUAACUAUGUACCACAUGUACAGAUGAAAACUAAUACUGUUUAUAGGAAAUCUGUAUCAGUGGUUAAAUGACUAAAGAGAAAAAGAUACCAGAAUUAUUGUUGUCAUGUUUCUCAAACAAGCCAUUAAUGUAUAUUUAGUAUUUAAGGAUAUUGCUCAAUAAAUAUGUUCCGUACCAAAAACUGUGUUGCAUAUACAGAUUGUGCAGUACCCUAUUUUAAAAAGGCACCGUAAUUAAUUUUUAUUUUAAAUAAAAAUGUACUUGUAAAAAGUU